AUGGCUCCAACUGCCGCCAACAUCCCGCAGAGCAUCCAUCCGGCCACCGCCCAAAGGGCCGGGGAGAAGUUCGACACCAACGGCAAUGUCUUGCCAUUUCCAGGCAACACAAUCGUCUGCCACCUCCCGCAGGACAGCCAGCUAUUCAAGGCGCUUUUAUCAAUUCACGAGAAGCUUCAGCAGAGUCGAUUUACCAAGUUCUACGCUCUUCUGCCCCCGACUAGUUGGCAUAUGACAGUCUUUGAAGGCGUAUGCGAUCAGAGGCGCAAGCCUGGCGUGUGGCCCAAGGACCUGGCCCUUGAUGCACCGUUGCAGAGCUGCCAUGACCUCUUUCACGAGAAGCUUUCCAAGUUUGAUGUUGGAAUCCAGACUCCUCUGAGAAUGGCUGUCACAGGAAUCAUCAUGAGCAAAGCCGGCAUUCGCCUCGACCUGGCACCGAUUGACGCGACGGAAGAGAAGCGCUUGAGAGGACUCCGUGACAGGCUGUCUGAGCUGCUACAGAUCCGAGCCAAUGGACACGAGUCGUAUGUAUUUCAUCUCGCUCUUGCAUACAGAGUCCUUCCCAUGAGCAAGAACGACGGGGAAGAGCUUUUGGCAUUGUUAAAGGAGAGCUAUAAGAACAUUCCUCACGAGUUUGAGCUUGGCAUUCCGGAGUUUUGCUAUUUCGAUGACAUGUUUGCUUUUCAUCGUCAAUUCUAUCUCAAUCAAAGUGCUGGUGGAGAAAGAAGUCUGAAAUAG